CUUGCGACACGUGUCCAGGCCUCUUUCGGAUUUUACGGUUCAUGCCACUCUUUCUUCUCCGCCGUUCCAGAGUUUGAUCGCGUCGUUUGAUCUUCGUUUUAACAAUCCAAAACGCCUCCGGUUACAGAUUCAUCGCGUUAACCCCUUUUUAAAUCCAUCAACCACGAUCUAUCAUUCAAUUCGAGAUUCUCUUAGGCAAGGCGGUGUAUCUUCAAAUAUAAAAAGGUUAGCCUGCAUUCCCUUGAAACCAUCUUCUCAGUCAAAACAACGCAGUAAACUUUUUUUUGAAAUUGAUCGAAAAAGUUUAACAGUGUUUUGAAAGAGAUAAAACUUAUUGCUUCAGUUGACAUGAUUAACUGAAGACGUCUUUUAAGUGUGUGUGGUGUUCUUCACUAGGUGAUAAACAGAGCAUCAGAUGGAGGACUACCACCUCUUUAUGUGGCUGCUCUGGAGCGACACAUAGAGACAGACAGUGCAGUUACUUUGGAUUUGGGAGCUUUUGUUCCUCAGAUCACUGCCACAAUAGAUCGUAGAGGUUAUUCUUCUAAAGGAGGUGGUUGCUUACCAUUUUGAUGAAAACAAGAGAUAGAGCUUUGAGAGAAUGGUUGGUAGAGAAAACUGGAGAAAACAUAAACGUAAAUUUUGGUUCUGGAUAUCCUAGAGGUAUACUAUGUUUAUUCCUCAAAUCUUUUCCUUUUAGUAACUGUUUGUACAGUAAUAUGUUUGUCAUACAAUUUAGAUCCUGACACAGAGGCAUGGUUAAAGCAAAACAAACAUUUUGUGUGAUCCUCCUCCACCAAGCGAAUGCAUAUGAGAUUAUGAAUGUGAAUGAAAAUACCAAACGGUUGGCCUCGGAAAAUAAGUUACAUGGAAUCAUUUUUUUUUUUUUGCUGCUUUUCAUUCUCUCAGUCACUUAGCACCUGAUAACUAAUUUGUGUACAAUUAUAUAUUUGAAAAGGUUUCAGCAUGAUGUCUACGUUAUGUCAUAAUUUUUGUGAGCUACUAUUCUACCUUCACAUCUGGAAAGCAUGAAUUUCUCAAUUUUUAAGGUCAUAUUUUCCCCAUCCGAGUUUAGUUUCUUCUUCCAAAAUCAUGAAAGCUUCUUCUAUUAAAAAUCUACAUCAGCUAAUGGUAUUUUAAAUAGAUUGUAUGAGGGUGCAGCAACAUCAUAGAAUUUUGCUGGAGGGAUUUACAAAGACUCAAGUGAGCACACUUGUAGUGAGGGAGAAAUUAAAGUUGAUGUCAUACAUUUUAGAUUAUGAAUGUGAAUGAGGUAAUAGCAUUUUCUGUUGCAAAUUUUGUGGUGUCUAUCACAGACCCGCUCCUUGGAUUAAUAGUUGCAUGCAUUCAUGUUGACUGAUAUAUAUCAUGGUGAGCCACUGGCCUAUUUCUUAGAUUCAUCAUUUGUUAAUGAAUACACGUGUUCUUCUAUGACAGAUGCGAAGUUUGGAGGUCAUAGAGAAACACCAGAUGAAACAAGAGUGACAAGGAUAAAGGAAGAAGACAAUUUGUUCCCAUCAUUUGUGUGUCAUUCGUAUAAUUUAAUAAACAGAGGUGAUCUAAGUUUUAUUGAUAAUGAAGCUUUGAUGAAUAAUAUUUAUAUUAAUACCAUAUUUAUCUGUCUUUCUAUACAAGAUGAAUAAAGAAGUGUGUUCAGACAAUUAUUGAGCACUUAAAUCCGAUAAAAAAAUGGUAAUCACAAUCAUCAGUCUCAUGUUAUAUAGAAAUCUAAAACCUAUUCGAAUUAUAUAACAUAUCCACUGAAAAACUUAUUCAAAACAAUGCAGGAAAAUUAGUGUGCUAAUAACACUUAUUCCAGUGAUAUUAUUAAAACUUUAAAAGGAAAAUUGUAAUAUAAAAAAGGUUGCUAAAAAAAACAUAUAUAAGAGGUUCUUUACCAAAAUAGAUAAGAGGUCAAGUUAAAUACGACAAAUAAGAAGACCAAACUACAUUCCUAUUUUUAGUGCUUUACUCAUUUUUUUUAUUUCAAAAUUAUAAAUAUUUUAUAAUAACACAAAUUGUAGGCGAAGGUAAAAAUAAUUUUGUAUUCCAAAAGAAAAAAAAAGAGUUUUAUGUUCAGAACUUACAGCAAACAACCAUAUGAAGUUUUUGAAAAUAUUCUGACAAUUUUUUUAAAAAAAUAUAUAUACAGACUAUUCUAAGAGUUUUAAUAAAAAUGAAAAUACAUUAGAAAAGAUAUCAUAAUUUAAUGAGAAAUUGCUUAAAAUCCCAUAUUUUAGAUACCACAACCCAAAUCUUAAUUAUUAUUUUUAACAAAACAUUAUUUGAUUUAUUUUUAAUAAUCUAUUUUGAUUCUACAAUAUAAGAUGUUGAUUAACAUGUAUUUUUCCCUUUAAUGGGAGUCAAUAGGAGAAUUCAUAUACCAGCGAUACACAAAUAUAUUACCAGCGCUUAGUAUCUAAUAUCUAUAAUGUCUCAUAUCUUCAUUCUUGGAAUAUGGAUGAUGAAAAACAAGAAUCUCAUAAAAACUAAUAAUAUGUAAAAAUGAUAUUUAUAGAAAAAUUUAGUUUUUCCAUGAAAGUAAAAAUAGUCAUUCGUAUAUUCUGAUGGAAGCAAUAUAUAUAUUGAUAAAAAAAAUUAAAAAGGUGAUCGUUGUAGUAGUUAACAAUUGAUAUUAAAUCUACAGUGAAGCUAUUAAAUCAAAUUUUGAAUAAUUAUUUAGUUUAACAUGGUUAUAUUUAGUUGUAAACUAUUUUCCGUACAUUUAUGUAAUCAUUUGUAUUUUGUUAUAAAUAUCUAAACAUCAUUCACUAAAUUUCAAUGAGAAUUUAACAGCUUAUUAGUUUAUAAUUAUUUUUCAAGUCAAAACAACAUAUACUAAAAAAAAAAGAUAAAAAACCCCUAAGAUUUUUCCUACAAUUUAUUCUUACAUCUCAAUCAAAACUUACAAGAUAUUACUAAAUACUAGAUGCACCACAGAAGUUAUUAUAUAAUAAUAACUUCCACAACGACGGUAUAAUUACCUACUUAAGAGUAACAUAUAAGCAAAAUAUAUAAUAUAUAUAAAUUUAAAAUUUAAACCCGACAAAGCAUUUGACUGUUUGUCACUAUCAGUGCAUCGUUGAUUGGUUUAUUUCAAAUUUAACAUGCCGAGCAUGUUUGAGAUAUAAUACUUUAGUAUUAUUAUUUUCGGGUUACCUGACUAACAAUUAACCGAACUGUUAAUAAAUUUUACUCAUAUAUUUACUUAAUCUAUAAUUACAUGUUCGUUUAUUUCCUCACUAGAUUCUUUAAAUUCAUCCAACUCCAGAAAAUUACCAAAAAUGAUGUGAUGGUACCAUGAAAAAAUAAAUAAAUAAAAACUACUUAUCAAGACAGUAUGGUAUAUUUUGUCUUCAAAUACAAUAACAUGUACAAAAUUUAACUAAUAUGUAUAUUUUAAGAUAUAACGAUUUAUAUCAAAUAUUUACUGUAACUAUUUAUAUUAUUUUCAAAUUAUCAUCCCGCCCGUAGGGCGGGCCGACCCUAGUAUUUCAAUAAAAAUCUAAUAAAUGUUGUUAUGUAAGAAUCAAAGGAAAAAAAAAACGAAAAUUUCAUGAAAAUGACUUUGGGUUCAGGGUAAUGAUAGUUGCAGAAGAUUUUAAACAUGGAAAUGGUAUACAAAUUUUAUUCUUGCAAUAUAUAAGUUGAACUUUCGUGUGCUAUUUUCUAGGGAAACAUUAAUCAAGAAACGAAAAAAUCAAGUUCAGAGGGGUCCAUGGAUAAAUUGGAGUUGAUUUAUAUUCUCCAUCUCAUUAUUUGCCUUCCACAUACAUGUUCAUGUUUAGAUAAAAUUGACAAAAAACAAAACAAUGUAAGAGAAGCGAAAUGCAAUAGGAAGGAUAAGUUCACAAACGAAAGAACAACAAUACCAAAUAUAUCGUAUUUAUUUUUAAGUAUAUAAUUAGUUUGGUUAAUGAAAUGAUCGGUCUUAUCAUGAGUUGGAUCUUGAUUAAGAAUCUGGCCUAAGAAAUUGAAACUUAUAAUUUGGUUAGCUUGUGUCCUGAAAUAUGGAAGUGAUUCAUAUAGUUAUAUUUAUAUUUGCUUAAAAUCAAGUUAGGUGAGGUAAGUUAAUGAGUUGGGUCGUAUAGAUUGAGAGAAACAUAAUAUUCCUUCUUUUUCCGAAAGUAAAAUUUUAUAAAUUUUCUUCUAAUUUCACAAAGAUAAAUUUUCUAUACUUUUAAGAUAUUUUUUUGUAUACUUUUAAGAUAUAUUAAUUAUAAAUAUUUGAAUUGAUUAGAUUUAAUUAGUGGAGAAUAAUUGAAAAAUAUAUAAAAAUACAUUAUAAAUUAGAUUGUAAACAUUUAUUAUAUCUUUAACGAGCUUAAAAUCUCUAAAAAAAUCUUAUUUUCGGAAAUAGAGGUAGUAACAUUUUAAUAGGUGGUAUUUCACCCAAAAAAAACACCAAAAACAAUGUGUUGCAAAGAAAAAGCAAUAGAAAAAAGGAGAAAGGUGUUAUCUGUGUGAGACAGUUUCUUUGAUACACACGACAAUCAAUUUCGCUGUAAGAUUAUGCACACAACAAUCCAUCAUGUGAUAUUAUUACAAAAUAUAAACCAUACACUUAUCCCAACUGGACUAGUUACUUACAGUUACAUGGUAUCUAGGGCAAAUGAACUUUGAAAUUUUUUUUAAAAUUUUUAUUUUAAUACUAAGUUGAUAAAAUAUUCCCAUAUUCAUAAAUAAUUGUGGAAUGAAUGUCUGAAUAACUGAAAUCAUAUUUCAGUAUUCAUAAAUAAUUGUGGAAUGAAUGUCUGAAACUCUACAAACAAACAAAACUCACAAUUUUGUUUGGUUUCAAGAUUGAUACACAUCUGUUACCAAAAAGAAAAUGAUAUACAUAGAUUGAAUGGUAGAUUAUACCCAUCAAUUUAUUUUUAGUUUUAAAUAAAUAAAACAAGCAAUAAAAAAUAAAUGAAAUACAUUUCCGUCAUUUAUGCACUUUGCAUAUAAGGUCACAUUGCACCUGCUCAACAUUUCAUCAACAUUUCCAUUUAUUAUCUUCAACCCUCCCCUUCCUUCUAUCUAUCUAUCUCUGGCUGCAUUAUGGAUAGUCCGACGAGCAUACGAAGUAAAACACCGCCGGAGAUUCUCUCCUCGUGUGGUAGCCAACGACAUAGGAGCAGCUGCGACUCCAACUCACCGGAAUUCGAGUUCUGGCGUCUAACAAACUCUUCAUUUCAUCAACAAGAAUCAUAUCUUCUUCUCUCAGCCGACGAGCUUUUCCACGACGGCGUUCUUCUCCCUCUUCACUUCCUCUUCGUUAAACCCGACCCGAGUGCCUCGGAAUGCGCCCCGGAACCAUCUCCCUCGUCCGAUACUUUGAUCACAGAGCAAAAAAAAGAACCUGAACCCGGUUUAGGAUCCGAGUUGACCCGGGAAACAACGGGUUCGAAGCGGUGGAGAGAUAUAUUCAAGAAGAGCGAAAAUAAACCGGUCCGGAAGAAAGAGAAGCGGAAAGAGAAUAAGAAGAAGAGCGGGUCGGGUUCGGGUUCGAGCUCAGGAGCGGAGCUGAAUAUCAACAUUUGGCCGUUUUCAAGAAGUAGAUCAGCUGGUAAUAACGGGACCCGACCCAGAAUGUCUUUUGGAGCUCCGACGAUCCGGAAAGUCAGCAGCGAGCCGUGUUCCCGGAGCAACUCCACUGGCGAAACGAAGUCUAGGAAAUGUCCUAGCAGUCCUGGUCGUAACGGCGUGCAUCUUGGUCGGAAUAGUCCAGUCUGGCAAGUCCGACGUGGAAGUGGAGCUCCGACCGCGAAAACGGUAUCCGAGCGGGUGGGUAAAAGGGUGUUUUCUGAGGCGCGUAGGGGUAAAACUGGAAUAGAGAGCAGUAAAGCAAAUGUCAUAAACUUGAACGUGCCUAUGUGCAUCGGUUAUCGGAGCCGGUUAAGCUGCAGUAGCGACGUGAGUGGAGGAGAUAUUAACAUUGGGAGUGACAAUAAUAUCGCCAAUGUUAAUAAUCCCAAUGGUUUAUUUGGCUUUCGUAAUCUUUUCAUUAAGAAAGUUCAUUAACGUUUUCUGUUAUAGUUUAUAGUAGUAAGCUUUUGAGAGUGAUGAUUUGUCAAACCCUCUUAGUAGUCUCAAGGGUCCACUUUUAAUUUGCUCCUUUUGCUGUUAGUACGACCCCGAUGUGUGGAUUUGAGCAGAUUUUCGUGUUUGCUUAUAUUUCAUGUAAAUUAAGAAAUACCUUUUUAAUAUAAACGUUUAAUGUACCCAUUUUCAUGGGUUAGUUUCAUGAAGUAUUUAUAUAUACACAAUUUUUCUAA